CCUGCUUGUUCACACGCUCCAAUUACAAGGAAAGUCCGAUGGCUGACGGCUGGGCUGGAUUCAGAAAAGGAUCACAUAUUACAGGUGUUUAUGGAGCGGCAAGGUCAGAGUGUAUUGCGAUGUUCUCCCAAUGUUCGUAUAUUCCGGUACACCAGUGACGUCCGACGCCCGACGCCUGCGAAGUGUUGCCGACGCGCGAUUUCCACGACGUCUUAUUUACCCGAUCGCCAGAGGUCCAAGCCAUCUUCCAACCUUGACCGCUCCUCUACCGCUCUACAAACUGAUAACCAGUCGGUCCCCUUGAACGGGGAUGCCCGAGCAGCCACAAACGGCGCUGAAGCGUGCGAAACUCUCCGAGUCUGCAAACCCCGACGACACCUGUGCGUCCCUGUCCCCACGCGAUGCUGGGACCGUUGUUGACUUCGCUGGUCCUGACGAUCCGUAUCACCCUCUCAACUGGCCUUUCACCAAGAAGUCACUGACGACCAUCCUGUACGGUCUAACUACUUUCAGCUCCACCUAUGCAAGCGCUGCAUACUCGCCAGCGAACGCCACGGUAUCCGCUCUUUUCCAUGUCGAUCAACAAACUGCGUUGCUCGGGACAAGUUUGCUACUUCUCGGUUUUGGCUUUGGACCCCUUGUUUGGGCGCCAGUCUCCGAGUAUUACGGUCGAAAAUGGGCUGUGUUGGUUCCUUGCUUUCUGGCAAUGCUCGGUUCCCUCGGGACCGCACAAGCCCAGAACUUACAGACUCUCCUCAUCACGAGAUUUCUGACCGGUUUCUUCGGAUCCUCGCCCAUAACUUGUACGGGAGGGGUCUUUGCCGACAUCUGGCAUCCUACGCAGCGCGGAACGGCAAUCGUCGCUUACGCCCUGGCGGUAGCGGGCGGACCAGUUUUUGCACCCAUCGUGGGCGGUGCAAUCGUCGCGUACGGGGUUAAUUGGCGUUGGACGGAAUACUUAACUGCGAUCAUACAAGGAAGCAUCUUUGUGCUGGAUGUGCUCCUGAUAGACGAAUCAUAUCCCUCGAUUCUCUUGGUUUACAAGGCCCGAGCCCUGCGGCGCACAACCGGAAACCCCACCAUGCGCGCAGAAUUCGAAGGACGAGCCGUAUCAUUCCGAGAUAUUCUCACAAAGUUUGGAUUGCGACCUAUUCAGAUGCUAUGCACGCCAAUAUGUUUCCUGGUGGCCCUUUACGCUUCCUUCAUCUACGGGGUCUUCUACGCGUGCCUCGCUUCGUUUCCGAUCAUUUUCGGAGAAGGACGGGGAAUGAACCAGUUCGUAGGAUCGCUACCUUUCUUGGCACUGCUGGUGGGAAUUUCCUUGGGCUCGGCAGUCAACGUCUGGAACCAGAUAUAUUAUCGCAAGCGGUAUGUCACAAACGGCAAUGUGGCCGUUCCCGAGGCACGGCUACCGCCAAUGAUGCUUGGAUCUUUCAUCUUUGCGGGAGGACUCUUCACCAUCGGGUGGACCGCUUCUCCCCACAUCCACUGGAUUUUUCCGUGCCUCGGUGCCGUAAUGAUGGGACUCGGGUACUACACCAUCUUCCAGUCGGCUUUGAAUUACUUAAUCGACGUGUUCGAGAGGUGGGGCGCCAGUGCUAUCGCUGCCAACACGUUCCUGCGCAGCACUCUGGCCGCCGCCUUUCCGCUGAUCGUACCACCCCUUUAUCAUCGCAUCGGCAUUGGGUGGGCAACCAGCGUCUUCGGCGGGGUAGCUGUGUGUUUGAUACCCAUUCCCUUCUUCUUUUGGAGUUAUGGACCCUCGAUUCGAAAGAGGGGAAAGUAUACUGCCAAAAUGUAAGGGUGCAAUAGCCAGAGAUCAAUAGGUGAAUAGACGGACAAUAUCGUACCAUAGAUACUGUAUUAAUUGAAGAGUAUUGUGAAGUGCUGCCAUUGGCGCAGCAGUCGUUCCUCAUAUACCAACGCAAGUAGAGCGGCGGUGUGCGGGUCACAAGCCCAUAAUAAUGAAAGCCCCCCCGAGGACCAUCUUGUCCUGGGAAAUCUUGUUUUCAAGAACACAUGUGCUUCAAAUGGAGAGGCAUUAUGCAUCCUUUCUUUUGGCAGGAGAGCGACAGGAGUAUCUAUCUGUUCCUGCUGAAGAGAGACAGGGGUACCGGUCCUCUUAGUAUUCAAAGGGACGUC